GUCGGCGGCCCGGCGACGAACCCGGCGGCGGCCGAGCAGGCUCUCCCCACGCCCGCCCGCACCCGCGCCGCCGGUGCCGAGGGGCGCGGGGUCGCGCCGUGACGUGCUGGAGGCGCGGCGGAGGCGCCAGAUGGCUGAGAGCUAGCAAGGAAAAUUCAGGACCAUGAUGGCUCAGUUCCCCACAGCUAUGAAUGGAGGGCCAAACAUGUGGGCUAUUACCUCUGAGGAACGGACUAAGCAUGACAAGCAAUUUGAUAACCUCAAGCCCGCAGGAGGUUACAUAACAGGUGAUCAAGCACGUACAUUUUUCUUACAGUCAGGCCUGCCAGCUCCUGUUUUAGCUGAAAUAUGGGCUCUAUCAGACCUCAACAAGGACGGGAAGAUGGAUCAGCAAGAGUUCUCCAUAGCUAUGAAACUCAUCAAACUGAAGCUGCAGGGCCAGCAGUUGCCUGUGGUUCUCCCUCCUAUUAUGAAACAACCUCCUAUGUUCUCUCCAUUAAUUUCUGCUCGUUUUGGAAUGGGAAGCAUGCCCAACCUAUCCGUUCCUCAGCCAUUGCCUCCAGUCGCACCUAUAGCAACAGCCUUGUCCCCUGCGACUUCAGGGACCACCCUUCCUCCCUUAAUGAUGCCUGCUCCCCUCGUGCCUUCUGUUAGCACUUCAUCAUUACCAAAUGGAACUGCCAGUCUCAUCCAGCCUUUGUCCAUUCCUUAUUCUUCUUCAACAUUGCCUCAUACGUCAUCUUACAGUGUGAUGAUGGGAGGAUUUGGUGGUGCUAGUAUACAGAAAGCCCAGUCUCUGAUUGAUUUAGGGUCCAGUAGCUCAACUUCCUCAACUGCUUCACUCUCAGGGAACUCGCCCAAGACUGGGACCGCAGAGUGGGCAGUUCCGCAGCCUUCAAGAUUAAAAUAUCGGCAGAAAUUCAAUAGUCUUGACAAAAGCAUGAGCGGAUACCUCUCAGGUUUUCAAGCUAGAAAUGCCCUUCUUCAAUCAAAUCUUUCCCAAACUCAGCUAGCUACUAUUUGGACUCUGGCUGACAUUGAUGGUGACGGACAGCUAAAAGCUGAAGAGUUUAUCCUGGCGAUGCACCUCACUGACAUGGCCAAAGCUGGACAGCCCUUGCCCCUGACGUUACCUCCUGAGCUGGUCCCUCCGUCCUUUCGAGGAGGGAAGCAAAUCGAUUCUAUUAAUGGAACUCUGCCUUCAUAUCAGAAAAUACAAGAAGAAGAACCUCAGAAAAAAUUACCAGUUACGUUUGAGGACAAGCGGAAAGCCAACUAUGAGCGGGGAAACAUGGAACUGGAGAAGCGACGCCAAGCCCUGAUGGAGCAGCAACAGAGGGAGGCAGAGCGCAAAGCCCAGAAAGAAAAGGAAGAGUGGGAACGAAAACAGAGAGAAUUACAAGAGCAAGAAUGGAAGAAGCAACUUGAGUUAGAAAAACGCUUGGAGAAGCAGAGGGAAUUGGAGCGACAACGGGAGGAGGAACGGAGAAAAGAGAUAGAAAGACGAGAGGCAGCAAAACAGGAACUUGAAAGACAGCGUCGUUUGGAGUGGGAGAGAAUUCGUAGACAGGAGCUUCUCAGCCAGAGGAAUAGAGAACAGGAAGAAAUUGUCAGGUUGAACUCUAAAAAGAAGAGUCUUCACCUCGAGUUGGAAGCACUGAAUGGCAAACACCAGCAGAUCUCAGGCAGACUCCAAGACGUCCGACUCAGAAAACAAACUCAAAAGACUGAGCUGGAAGUUCUGGAUAAGCAGUGUGACCUGGAGAUUAUGGAGAUCCGGCAACUCCAGCAAGAGCUUCAGGAAUAUCAAAAUAAGCUUAUCUAUUUGGUACCUGAGAAGCAAUUACUAAAUGAAAGAAUUAAAAACAUGCAGCUCGGUAAUACACCUGAUUUAGGGAUCGAUCUACUUCAUAAAAAAUCAUUAGAAAAGGAAGAAUUAUGCCAAAGACUUAAAGAACAGUUAGAUGCACUUGAAAAAGAAACUGCAUCUAAGCUAUCAGAAAUGGAUUCAUUUAACAAUCAACUAAAGUGUGGGAAUAUGGAUGACUCUGUUCUUCAGUGCCUUUUGUCUCUGCUAAGCUGUCUCAACAACCUCUUCCUCUUACUUAAGGAACUGAGAAAAAGCUACAAUACACAGCAGUUGGCCCUUGAACAACUUCAUAAGAUCAAGCAUAACAAGUUGAAGGAAAUUGAAAGAAAAAAGUCAGAGCUAAUACAGAAAAAGAAACUAGAAGAUGAGGCUAUAAGGAAAGCAAAGCAAGGAAAAGAAAAUUUAUGGAGAGAAAAUCUUAGAAAGGAGGGAGAAGAAAAACAAAAGCGACUCCAGGAAGAAAAGACACAAGAAAAAGUUCAAGAAGAGGAAAAGAAAACCGAGGAGAAACGAUGUGAGCCAGCUAGAGAUUUAGUGAAUUACAGAGCUUUGUAUCGCUUUGAAGCGAGGAACCAUGAUGAGAUGAGUUUUAAUUCUGGGGAUAUAAUACAGGUUGAUGAAAAAACCACAGGAGAACCUGGUUGGCUUUAUGGUAGUUUCCAAGGAAAUUUUGGCUGGUUUCCAUGCAAUUAUGUAGAAAAAAUGCCAUCAUGUGAAAAAUCUGUAUCUCCUAAGAAGGCCUUACUUCCUCCUACAGUAUCUUUAUCUGCUACCUCACCUUCUUCUGAAUCACAGUCUUCAAAUCAGCCGGCAUCAGUGACUAAUUAUCAAAAUGUAUCUUUUUCAAACCUAACUGUUAAUACGUCGUGGCAGAAAAAAUCAGCUUUUACUCGCACCGUUUCUCCUGGUUCUGUGUCACCUAUUCAUGGACAGGGACAGGUUGUAGAAAACUUGAAAGCACAGGCCCUUUGUUCCUGGACUGCAAAGAAAGAUAACCACUUGAACUUCUCAAAACAUGAUAUUAUUACUGUCUUGGAGCAACAAGAAAAUUGGUGGUUUGGGGAGGUCCAUGGAGGAAGAGGGUGGUUUCCAAAAUCUUAUGUCAAAAUCAUCCCUGGGAGUGAAGUCAAGCGGGAAGAGCCAGAAGCUUUGUACGCAGCCGUAAACAAGAAACCUACCUCUGCAGCCUGUACAGUUGGAGAGGAGUAUAUUGCACUUUAUCCGUAUUCGAGUGUAGAACCUGGAGAUCUGACCUUCUCAGAAGGUGAAGAAAUAUUGGUGACACAGAAGGAUGGAGAAUGGUGGACAGGAAGUAUUGGAGACAGGACUGGAAUUUUUCCAUCAAAUUAUGUCAAACCCAAAGACCAAGAGGGUUUUGGGAGUGCGAGCAAAUCUGGAACAUCAAACAAGAAACCUGAGAUUGCUCAAGUAACUUCAGCAUAUGCAGCUUCUGGUUCUGAACAACUUAGCCUUGCACCAGGGCAGUUAAUACUAAUUUUAAAGAAAAAUACAAGUGGGUGGUGGCAAGGGGAGUUGCAGGCCAGAGGCAAAAAAAGACAGAAAGGAUGGUUCCCUGCCAGCCACGUUAAACUCCUGGGCCCGAGCAGUGAAAGAACAACGCCCGCCUUCCACCCUGUGUGUCAGGUGAUUGCCAUGUACGACUAUGUAGCAAAUAACGAGGAUGAGCUAAACUUCUCCAAGGGACAGGUCAUCAACGUUUUGAACAAGGAUGAUCCCGACUGGUGGCAGGGAGAAAUCAACGGGGUGACCGGUCUCUUCCCCUCGAACUACGUUAAGAUGACGACAGACUCAGAUCCGAGCCAACAGUGACCCAGUGUUGCCUUCCAGUGGGAAAGCACCCCAGAGACCCACUAUCCACGUCUGAGUAGCGUGCGGGCAGGCGGGCAGCCCUGGUCAGACGCCUCCUGCCCUGCUCAUUAACUUCGCUCGAGUGCUAGAGCCACUUGUGGUCACUCCCUCGUGUUUCUCAUUCACAGUGAAAAUCUGUUUGUAACAAGUUACAGGAUAGUGGGUCUUUGUGUGGCUUUCCCCGCUGCUCACUCUGGCAUCCUUUAGCAUUUUUCUUCUUUUUUAAUUUGGUUAAUUGUAGGUCAUUAGCAUGCACCUUGCGUUUUUCCUCACGUGGUGGGAAUUCAAACACACAAAGACCCACUAUUUGCACAAACUGUUCUCCCGGGGGUGGGAGGGGCUGUCGUGCUUUCUAAUGUUGCUGCAGCUUGUGUACUGAUUACAGAAUUCAGAUAAAAUCUGCUAAUGUUUUGCUCUUACAUUUGAUCUAAUCCUAAUCACGGUGAGCUCUUAAUUGAUUCAAUGUGUGAUUUGCCCCCAAAUAUGUACUGUUUACUCUGUUACUUUCCAAUAUGCCACUCUUCAGUAUUUAAAUUUGUUCAAGGCCAAGAACUGGAAAUAACCUCUUACCUAUUUUCUGUGUAUUUUGGGGUGGGAGCAAUAACACCCCUGGGGGGCUUUUCUUAGCUCGUAGGCGAGGAAGGGGACGAGCCCCGUCAGUGUGUGCAGAGUGGGGUGUGUUCCAUCUCCCGGGGCUGCCCCGGAGUACACGCUGCGCUGUGGUGGUUCUCAGCGUCUUCGUGUGCUCUGGGUCGAUGGAGGUGCUGCACCAUGUCCUGCAGCAGGCAGCUGUUACUUCUUCAUUGAUGGCCCACAAAUCAUUCACUUUUGGGGAAUGAAGGGCUCCCAUCAUUGACCACAAGAUAUGAAGCCUUCCGUAGUUUAGGCAGAGCCUUUCUAUCUACAAUACAUUUUAAAGUCAAAAUUCGUGGUAUCUGUUUAAUUAGGUGACCACAUAUCCCGAGUCACAAAAGGACACUGGUUGACAUUCUUCUUAGUGUAUUUAGUCAAGAUCAUAAGGAAUCCUUGAAGAGUUUAAAUGCCCCUGAAGCAGGCACACAGGCUUUAUCUAGUCAAGAAUGAACUUGAGCGAAGGAGAGAUGCGUGGGUUAGUGUUCCUCUGUGUCCCUAGAGCUGGGGGCUAGAAGACUGCCUUCACCAUCCCGAAUUCUCUGGCUACUCUCUGUUCUUCAACCACAUGGCUACUUUGGCAUAGGAUUUUACUUUUUCUUGGAUGAAACACUUUAAAGAUGGUAAACAUUAUUGAAAACUAAAAAUGUGAGAUUACUUAGCUGAAACAAAAAGGAGUUUUAGUGGGCACUGUUGAACUGUUUUGGGAAGUCAAUGACAAGUUUAUGCAAUUUAAAAUGUUUACAGAUUGCAGUGCAAUCUACUGUUUAUGCAUGUCAGAGUGCUAGCAGGAAGAGCACGCACACGGUUAGUCUUCCUCACGGAGUUCUCUGAGAAGAGUGAAACAUGUUUCUGUAUCUUUGAGUUGAAGUUAAAAGCAUACUUGUGCAAUAUUUAUGUUAAUGUGCCUAUACAUUAAGAAUGAUUCCAGUCAUACAUUGCCUAAAUCAUAACUUUACAACACUUGAGGGAGAAUCAACAGUUUAGUUACAACCUCACCAGGUUGGAAUGUCUGUCCGUGUCCAAAGUGCUGCACGUUGCUGGGGCGUGUGGCGACAUGUCUGUGCUCCCUGGGGUAGGGAUUUGUAGUUAUCAGGCCACCGCAGUUGUUAGCCUUUGGCAUCAUUAUGAUACUUUUAUAAAGUGACAUUAAUUGGAAAGCAAUAAUAUCACUGUGUAGGUGGAGUAACAGACUUGCCUGCGUCACCAAAGGAGACAGUGCAAAUAUUGAGUCCUGGGGAACCCAGCUGAUGUCCCAUGCUGUAUGGAUUACUUGGUCUUGCCUUAUCCCAUUCUGAACUUUCUGCUUUUGCGCCCAUUAGUUGGGUUCAGAUUAAAGACAGUUCCUUUAAGUCCAUUAUAAACCAUGAAGUUAGAAAUCAGAGCCCUGCUAAUUAGCCACACGAUUUGGUAUAACACUUUCUCAUUAUAAUUACUUUUUUUGCAUUUGGACUUACUAAUAUACUGAUAAAUUAUUUUAAUAUUUCAAAGGUAUCUUAUAGUGCAAAUCAUCACUUUAACACUGACAGAUUAUUAAGAAUGACAGUCAGGUAGAGCUUGGCAUCUGUACUCAGUUUGAAAAGAGUACACUCAUCAGGUGCCUGUGGACUAAAUCUCAUGACACAUCUUAGCUGAAUGUCAGUCCGGAAAACGUAUUUACUGUAUUUACGGAAACACCUCUCCUUCUGUGGGUAUUUCGUUACACAUUCAAGAGAAAGCUAAAAACAAAGUAGGAUGACAUACAGUGACCUGACCUCCCUAGAAGUGCACGCGGUCCUUCGCAGCACCUCAGUUCAGCCGUGCAUUUCCUCACUCGGUACGGGGCAGCUUUCAGUUUGCUUAGAAAGCAACAUCGAAAGGAAAGCGUUUAUAUGGAACACAGCAUUUUAGCAUGGGAACACCGCUGAAUAAACCCGGGCCCUGUAGGAGGUAAAGUUUAUUUAAAAAUUGUAAGAUCUGAUUGUCCUUUUUAAAGUACGUGAUUAAAUCUGAUGGGUUCUCCAGCAGUGAAAAAAAUCAAUUCUAAAACCAAAGCUGAUCUUUCAGAAAAUUUGAAUCAGCCCUACCCAUUGUAGAAUUUCCUCUAAAACUUUAUCUUAAAGAGUCAUUUUAAAAUAACAGAACUAUUAAAACAAUGUAACUGCAAUUUUAGUGUUUUAAAAGGCAAUGUGAGUACUGAUAGUUUUAAAAAAAAGUUCGGGAAGGAAAAGUAGAGGAAGAAAUGCCAAUUCCAGUCAAAGCUUUAUUUGCCAAAUUUCUUAGAAUGAAUUUUACCAAGUUACAAAUUCUUGUAAAUAGAAUCUGUACGGGAAAUUCUGAGAGACUUCUGCCUAACGCGGCGUUGUCGGAUGCUGCUGUGAUGCUACUGUAAUGUAAUAAAUUAUUAAAUUGUUGCAAAGUGCUGUUUUCGCCUUAAAAUUUUAUUUUGUGUGUCUUGAAAACUAUAGUAUUAAAGGUAUUGAGAUUUGUGCAAAUGCUGGGCACGCUUGGCAUGAGGUAAUCUGUUUUUAUUUUUACAAAAUUGUAAUAUAACUAUGCAAGUGUGUUUAUUAAAAGGACACAAAUGACA